AUGGACUCAUCAGAUCAACUUGCUGUUGAAACCAUCAACUUAACUUAUAAGUUCCCAAACACCACUACCUAUGGUAUUGAAAACAUUUCUUUAGCUAUACCUUGGGGAUCUACUAAUUUAAUUAUUGGUCCCAACGGAGCUGGGAAAUCUACAUUAUUAAGGAUUUUAGCAGGAAAGACAUUGAUCAAGCAAGGUCAAUUGAAGUUGGGAGGUUUUGAUCCUUUUGAAUUCAACAUUAAUCGUAAUUCUCAAAGAAAUAGUGAUAUUAAUAAUUAUAUCACUUACUUGGGGAUCGAAUGGGCAUCCAAUCCUAUAGUUAAGCGUGAGAUCCCGGUAAACUUAUUAAUUUCUUCCAUUGGAGGUGAUAGCUUCCUGGAUAGAAGGGAUGAGUUGAUAAGGAUCUUAGAUAUUAACCCUGACUGGUUGAUGUCUAAAAUCAGUGAUGGAGAAAGAAGAAGGGUCCAAUUGGUAAUGGGAUUAUUGAAACCUUGGAAGUUAUUAUUGUUGGACGAAGUUACAGUUGACUUGGACGUCAUUGCUAGAGAUAACUUAUUGAACUUUUUAAAGAAUGAAUGUAAGACCAGAAACUGUUGUGUAAUCUAUGCCACCCAUAUCUAUGAUGGUUUGAACAAACAAUGGUGUGACAGAUUGGUUCAUUUGAAUAAUGGUACUAUUAAACAUGAUAUCGAGAUGACUCAAGUUAAGUUUGAAGCCAUUGAGAAAAUCCAAGAAGUCGAUUCUCAGUAUAGGAUUCCAGUUAGUAACUCAUUCCAUCCAUUAGCUCACUAUUGGUUAGGUGAUGAUUUAAAGGAAAGAGGUUCAAGACAAGAUGAGCAACAAAGAAUGCUUGAAAAACAUAAUGACUGGAAGAACGCCCGUGAUGGUAGUUAUUUCGAUGGAGGUGACGAUAAGAUCACCAGUUACUUCAGGAGUACAAGGAGUUAA